GCUCGGCUCGGCCUGGACACACACCGCCGCGAGACGUCGAGAGCACGCGAGGGCACGAGACGGGCGGCGGGAGGGGGCCGCUUUGUCGUUGGGACCCCGCGUGAGCGGGAACGGUUUUUUUUUUUUUUUUUUUUUUUUCCUCUUCCCUUCUCCGCCUCGAGCUUCGGCCUCGCGCUUAGUUGUGUCACCGAGCGGCCGGAAUGGCGUCCUACGUGGACAACCGCUUUCGACAGGCGGUCAUGAAGAACCCGGCGGAGAGAACGCAACAGGACCUGGAGAUUGUGUAUUCUUACCUCCACGGAAUGGAGGCCCUGUCCAACUUACGAGAGCACCAGUUGAGGUUGAUGUGCGAAACAGUGCGGUAUGAGAGGCAUGAGGCGAAUGAAGUGUUAUACUACCCCGACAACAUCGGUACCUGCUGGUACAUCCUCCUGUCUGGCUCUGUGUUCAUCAAAGAGUCUAUGUUCUUACCAAGAAGCAGCUUUGGCAAGCGUUCGGCGGGCAGCCUGAGACGUGGGUGCGAGUGCAUCGUGUUGGAGCCCUCAGAGAUGAUUGUGGUUGACUAUAUGGAUGAAAAUGAAGAGUACUUCCAGCGGCAAGUGUCAUAUCGCCAAUCUCGAAGGAGGUUCCGCCGAAUCAACCAGAAAGGGGAGCGGCAGACAAUCAUUGACACUGUGGAGCCCUACCCAGUAGGGAAGCCACCAUUAUCCAGAGGAUACCAUACGCUUCCCGCCGACUUCUCCAAGCACCACCUCCCCGAUGGCCUUCACCCACAACUGAGCCAGGUGUCCACCAGCCACUCAGGAUGUAGCAUCACCAGUGACUCUGGAAGCAGCAGCCUGUCUGACAUUUACCAGGCCACCGAAAGCGAACCCGGAGACAUGGAUCUGAGCGGCCUGCCAGAAACAGCUGUCGAUUCAGAAGAGGACGAUGAUGAGGAAGACAUCGAGAGAGCCUCGGACCCGCUGAUGAGCCGGGACAUUGUGCGGGACUGCCUGGAGAAGGACCCCAUGGACAGGACAGACGAUGACAUUGAACAACUGUUGGAAUUUAUGCAUCAGCUACCAGCCUUUGCCAACAUGACCAUGUCUGUCAGGCGUGAGUUGUGUGCUGUCAUGGUGUUCGCCGUGGUGGAGCGUGCCGGGACCGUAGUCCUCAACGACGGGGAAGAGCUGGACUCCUGGUCCGUGAUUUUGAAUGGGUCUGUUGAGGUGACCCACCCCGAUGGACGAACUGAGAUCCUUUGCAUGGGCAACAGCUUUGGGGUCUCUCCAACCAUGGAGAAGGAGUUCAUGAAAGGCGUGAUGAAGACCAAGGUGGACGACUGCCAGUUUGUGUGCAUAGCCCAGCAGGAUUAUUGCUGCAUCCUGAACCAAGUGGAGAAGAACAUGCAGAAGGUAGAAGAGGAGGGGGAGAUAGUGAUGGUGAAGGAACACAGAGAGCUGGAUCGCACUGGUACCAGGAAGGGCCAUAUAGUAAUCAAGGGGACCACAGACCGUCUAACCAUGCACCUUGUGGAGGAGCACUCUGUGGUGGAUCCCACAUACAUCGAGGACUUCCUGCUAACCUACAGGACCUUCCUUUCCAGUCCCAUGAUUGUGGGAAGGAAGCUUCUGGAGUGGUUCAAUGAUCCUAGCUUAAGGGACAAGGUGACACGGGUCGUUUUGCUGUGGGUAAACAAUCAUUUCAAUGACUUUGAAGGAGAGCCUGCAAUGACACGCUUUCUGGAGGAGUUUGAGAACAAUCUGGAAAGAGAGAAAAUGUGUGGGCAUUUGAGACUGCUAAACAUCGCUUGCGCUGCUAAAGCCAAACUGAGACUUGUGACCUUAACAAAGCCCUCGAGGGACACCCCCCUGCCCUUCACGCUACUCGGAGGUUCGGAGCAGGGCUUCCGGAUCUUCAUCGAUAGCGUGGAGGCAGACAGCAAGGCUGCUGAGGCUGGCCUCAAGCGUGGAGACCAGAUACUGGAGGUUAAUGGGCAAAAUUUUGAGAACGUUCCUCUGUCCAAAGCCACUGAGAUCCUCAAGAACAACACUCAUUUGUCCAUCACUGUGAAAACAAACCUGUUAGUGUUCAAAGAGUUACUGGCCACACCCCCUGAGGAGAAGAGCAAUGCUCCUCACCUUCCUAAAAUUGGGGACAUCAAGAAGGGCAGCCGCUACUCCAUUCCCGACCUGGCUAUGGAUGUAGAGCAGGUUAUGGGUCUGGAGAAGGGCAACAAGAAGGGCAAGGCAAACACUGUGGGCAGCCGAAACAAGCUGAAGAAGAUACUUGACAAAACACGCAUCAGCAUUCUACCCCAAAAGCCGUACAACGAUGUUGCUUUAGGCCUGUCUCAGGACGACAGCAUUGUGGGUAUGAAGCAGUCAAAACAGAUCCCACCGGCCCUCCCUGUUAGUGGGAACCUCUCCUCCAGCAACCCAGACCUGCUGCAAUCCCACCACCGCAUCCUGGACUUCGGCAGUUCGCCUGCCCCAGCUGUGUGUAAUUUACCAGAUCAAGUGCUGAAAGUUUUCAAGGCAGACCAGCAGAGCCGUUACAUCAUGAUCAGCAGGGACACCACAGCGAAGGAGGUGGUGGUCCAGGCCAUCCGGGAAUUUGGGCUGACAGCCACACCGGAGUCGUACUCCCUAUGCGAGGUGUCCGUCACACCUGAGGGUGUCAUCAAACAGCGGCGCCUCCCAGAACAGCUCUCUAAGCUGGCCGACAGGAUCCAGCUGAGUGGCAGGUACUACCUGAAAAACAACAUGGAGACAGAGACUCUUUGUUCAGAUGAGGAUGCCCAGGACCUCCUGAGGGAGAGUCAGAUCUCUCUGUUGCACCUUAGCACAGUGGAGGUGGCUACACAGCUCUCCAUGAGGAACUUUGAGCUCUUCUGUAGCAUUGAGCCCACAGAAUACAUUGAUGACCUGUUUAAGCUGAAGUCCAAGACAGGCUCUGUAAAUCUCAAGAAGUUUGAAGAGCUCAUCAACCAGGAGACCUUCUGGGUGGCCUGGGAGAUUGUGCGUGAGCCAAAUCAGCUGAAGAGGAUGAAGACCAUCAAGCAUUUCAUCAAGAUUGCUCUGCAUUGUCGUGAAUGCAAGAAUUUCAACUCCAUGUUCUCGAUCAUUAGUGGUUUGAAUCUGGCUCCAGUGUCGAGGCUAAGGGGAACAUGGGAGAAGCUUCCCAGCAAGUAUGAAAAACUGUUCCAGGACCUCCAAGACCUCUUUGAUCCAUCCAGGAACAUGGCCAAAUACCGCAAUGUACUGAACAAUCAAAACCUUCAGCCUCCCAUAAUCCCUCUCUUCCCUGUCAUCAAGAAGGAUCUCACAUUCUUGCAUGAAGGCAAUGACUCAAAAGUGGACGGUUUGGUUAAUUUCGAGAAGUUGAGGAUGAUAGCCAGAGAAAUCCGACACGUCGGGCGCAUGGCUUCCGUUAACAUGGACCCUGCUCUGAUGUUCAGAACGAGGAAAAAGAAGUGGAGAAGCCUAGGCUCACUAAGCCAGGGCAGCGCGAGUACAGCCAUGCUGGACGUGGCACAGGCUGGUGGGCACAAGAAGCGGGCGAGGCGUAGUUCCUUCCUCAACGCCAAGAAGCUGUACGAAGAUGCUCAGAUGGCCCGCCGUGUCAGACAGUACCUAUCCAACCUGACACUGGACGCCAGCGAGGAGACCCUACAGAUCUUCUCUUUGCAAUGCGAGCCAUCCAGCAGCACUCUGCCCAAGGUUGCCGGUGACAGGCGAAGGCCAGAUACGUCCCCUGUCGUCCCGCGAGCAGCAAACCAGCAGAGGGCAGCACAGCAGAAGGCAAGCCCAGGAUUGCAGCCGGCUGCAGGGUCCCUUGGCGGCCCUCUAAAGAAGGGUGCUGCCAAGGACUUGCCAGCCUUUGGUGCAAGCUCCCCUCAGUCCAUGAAGAAGAUUUUGUCAGAAGAAACAAGUGAACGAUACAGAAGGCAGACAGAAGAUACCAUUUCCAACGCCUCGUCCCACCUCUCAUCUCCACCCACCUCUCCCCAGUGCUCCCCCAGGAAAGGCUAUCCUCGUGCUGCGGACAACUUCUCCGACUCAGGGCACAGCGAGCGGUCCUCGCGCUCCAGCCUCAUCAGCAAUUCCUCGUUGGACCUCCUGCAGGAGGAGCGCAGGCAGAGGCACUCCAUCAGUGCCAUGGAGGCCAGCGUAAGCGGAGCCAGAAUGGAACGCAGAGCCACACUGGAGCCUGACCAGUACAGCCUUGGCUCCUACUCCUCAGUGGGCGAAGGCCGGGGCCUGUAUGCCUGCUCCACCGUUCUCUCCUCACCAAGCUUGGAGGAGCUCACGCAGGAUCAAGGAGACCGGGCUUCCCUAGAUGCUGCGGACAGCGGCCGCGGGAGCUGGACUUCAUGUUCCAGCGGUUCUCAUGACAACAUUCAGACCAUUCCGCACCAGCGCAGCCCACUCACCUUCGGACACGCUCACCACGAUAGUCCCGCAGAAGCAGGCGGUCUGUGGGAUUCCCUGCCCGGCUCUGAACAUGGCACCAGGGUGGGCCAAGGCACCACAGAGCCGGGCCAGGUCAGGGGUCGCUGUUGGGGCGAAGACUCGGAGGGAGACACGGGGACCAUCAAGCGCCGUGGGGGAAAAGAUGUGAACCUCGAGGCAGAAAGUAGCCUUACUCCCGUGACCUCUGAGGAGUCCAAGCAGCAUGGCCGACUGUCUCACGUAGCCCCUCCAUCCAACACACCUAAAGGGCUUAUUGUGCGUAAGGAUGGUAGGUUUCGAGAGCCACCCCCGACGCCACCAGGCUACACAGCUCUGACCGUUUCAGACUUUGUCGAGGGUCAGUCCCAUGUGGGGCGGAAGCCUCCUGACUAUAACGUAGCGCUGCAGCGAUCGCGGAUGGUGGCGCAUACGUGUGACCCCCCGCUGCCACCCCCGCAGCCUGGCCCAAGGCCCGGUGCCCAGCCGUCACGGAGUAGGUCCUCCGACACAGACCCCCACCACAGGGUCCUGCCGGCAGAAGAAGAGGGUGAGUCCUUGUCCCCAAAACUAGUCCCUCUGAGGAAGACAGUGGCUUAUACCCCUGAGACUCCCAGACCAUGAGUUACCCGCAGGCCUAAAGUAGGUACAACUCUGCACUCUUUGAACCUGUGCAUGUGCAGCACGCAGUGUGAGGUCCUCAGCACCCAGGACCCGUGUGCAGGCUCAUGCAUGUUAGUGCCACCUGCCCGCUGCUCCUCGACCUCAUUAUGGGCACUUUUACAUCGUCAUUAUUUGCCUUCAUGUUUAUGGUUUUGUACAUCCAUUAUCGAAGAUUGCCUGUAAACGUGUGAUAGUGUCACUAUACUUUUUUAAUUCUUUCCAUCAUUCAGUGCUCAUAAUUGAGAAAUGUAGUUGUUUUUUUUUUUGCCCCCCCACCCCCCCAUGGUUGUGUUUGUUAUAUAUUUUUUGCCCUAUAUAUGUGUUUUAUUGUAAUGUAAACUUUAAAUGACCUGUGCUGGACUUUAUUGUUCCAAUCUACACCAAUCCUCCAUUAUUUGGUUUCCCAAUAUCCAGUUUUUCAUAUACCCACUCAACAAUUAUUAAUGCCCCUUAUCAUUAGUCAGUCUGGAUUGUCUACCACAUAUGGUCCAGGCUUGCAGCAUUUAGCCUGAGACCCUCUUGAUAACAUGAGACCAUAUUAGAAAAUUGUGUUGAGCAGCUGUGUAGAAGUCUGAGACACAGGGGGUUCUUGGAGAUAUGUACCCACUCUGUCAGCUUCCAUCUUAACCAGUCCACACAUACUGUUACGCUAUAUUUAUUAGCAUUCAUUUUAAAAAAUGUUUUUUAUACGGUGCUUCCUUCACGAAUGACAUUUCCUCGAAUAGCUGCUCCUCGCAUCUUUUUCUACAAAGAGUUUUUAUUUGCUUAGAUGUAGAAUUCUGUGGAAGUUUUUUACAUGCAGGCCCAUGUCGGCUACUGUAACCGUAUGUGAUUCCAAAAAAGCUUGCUGGACACACACAUUAUUCAAAGGUGCUUAGCAGAGCUGAUGGAAUAAAAAAAUUUAGGAAGAAACUGGGGGAAAAAAAAAACUGCAUAGCAUUUUACUGCUACACUACUUUUUCCUUAUGUUAGGCAUCGUUAAGGUAAUUCUUGAGAUGAACUUUGGAACAAAAUCCUAUUUUGCCCCAUAAAAAUUGGAAUAAAUAUAUAUAUUAUAUAUGUAUUUUUAAUGUGGUUAUUUGAUACUGGGUCCGUUUUCUGAAAUGGAUUAAGACCAGUUAAUGGGGGAUAAGUGUAUUUUUAAGGUAAGUAAUGAAUAAUGUGCUCUUACUUGAUGGUGGAAGUUGUUCAAGGAGUGAAAUUACUCAUACACUUUCUCCUCUCCCCCAGAAGAUGAACAAGUGUCUGCUGUCUGAGGAGGUUGAGCUGUACUGGAUGUACUUUGCAGUGGCAGAAGGACCUUUUUGUUUUCAUGUUUGAGUUACCAGGUCUUGGGCCCCUGUUCCUAAGACCACCUCCCAUCUACCUCUCUGCUUCAAAGCACCAGGCAGGGGUGAGGUGGGGUUCGACAUGACCUCACGCACCUGAUUUUGUGGAUCUGAGCAAAUGGGCACCAUCUUGGCACUUUGGAGAACUGCGACACAAAGAGUCUGGAAGCAGCGCUGCCACUUGCUUUCUGAACAAAUAAUCUGGUUCAUGAAUUCCCCCUUUCUGUUUACAUAGGCUAUCCUGACACUUUUUGGCUUUGGCUGCACUUUUUACACUUUCGGGCGACUGAAAAGUCCCCUCCCAGCUUCCUUAGAUAUUGUUGGAAUUGCUGCGUUCUCAGAAAAAAAAAAAAGCAAAAACUGCAGAUGAAGCAAGUCUGCUGCACUUUCACGUGUGCGGUCGGUCAGUCGUGCAUGCUGUUGCGCUCAGAGAGCCCAUCUCCUAACGCACAUUCGCAAUGACAGUAUUAUUUUCUUUGAACCCUGAGCUUUUUCGGAUCAGGCCGUGUUUUUACGCACUGUCUUGGCAGCGGGAUGCCCUGCUGAUGCUGGCGAUCCUUCAUUGGCAGAACUCUGCAUCUGAAUCCAUUUCUCACGUGGACUUUUGCAGCGCCUGCGUGCUUCUGACUCAACCAUAUUUGAACGACUGAAAAGCAGAAUGUUAUUUUUAAGACUCUGUGAAACAAAUGAUGAUUGGACUGCAUAUUUUAAUUUCUACUAAAUAUGGGGAACUGCUCCUAUUUUGAUAUUUAGUAACUUUUUGGAGUACAGCUGAUCAUAUUGAUCAGUAGGUGACAAUUACAGUAUAAAAGUGACUGCAGUGUUUUUCCACUGUCGUGCAGCAUCAGUGCUUUAUUUAAAUGUUUGGUUUUUCCCUUAAUGAGAUGACACAAUGUUUUGAAUGUCUAUUUCAGUUGUCAAUUAUAUGUUUGUAAUUUAAUGGUAAUAUGCAUUAAUCACAACCAUUAUAGUCUAUGGAGAUUGUGUGCAUAGACAGGCAGGAUCAUAGCUAUAAAACAAGUUGAACAGAAAUGUAUAAUGAAAUAGUAAAUAGAACUGCUACUUCCAGUUCAGUGUGAUAAGUGUAAAAUGUACAUUUUGUGAUUCCCCCUUCCCCCCACAUGCUUUUGAUACUACUUGUUCCUGUAUGUCUUUUAGAAAGACAGUUGGUGGAGUCUAUCUUUUUUGUAUUUUUAAUACAAUAAUUGUAAAUAUUGGUUAUAUUUUUGUUGAAAUUGUAGAAAUGUACUGUUUAUGCCUCAGCAUCCAGUUGAAGUAAAGCUGGGAAUCAAUAAAACUGAAAAGUAAAUGUU